AUGAUUGACAAGCCCACCGUCACGAAGACCGCCGUUGUGACGGGUGCCGUGUCUGGCAUGGGACUCGCACUGACCCGUCACCUCCUGGCCAAGACAGACGACAGCAACAUCAAGGAACGGUGGCUGGUUGUUCUAGCCGACAUCAACGAAGUCGGAUACGAAGCCAUCAAGCCCACCCUGGACCAAGAUCGUCACAUCUUCGUCCAUACCGAUGUCUCACAAUUCUCAAGCCAGCUGGAGCUCUUCGAGCGCGCUUUUGACUGGUCAGGCGGCCGCAUCGACUUCUUCGCCAACAACGCCGGGAUCCCCGACCAGCAGCCGCUGUUGGGGUGGCUCGAACAUCCCGAGACGGCUGGAGAGGAAGAAGAAGGAGAAGACCCAGUCGAGCCUGACCUCAGAUGCCUCGAUGUCGACCUAAAGGCGGCAUUCCACGGAUUGAAGCUCUUUGUCCAUUUCACCAGGAAGACGCGGAACCUGCUCGGCCGACAGACCGCCGCAGAAAUGGAUGACAUUGGAAUCAAUGGGGGAGAUGCCGCCAUUGGAAUUGCAGCAGCGCACGAUUUCCACCCCAAGAUGGUCAUCACGGCUUCCAUGGCCGCCCAGUAUCCCUUCUAUAUUCUACCGAUGUACACUGCGGCAAAGCACGGUUGUGUGGGCCUAAUACGAGCAGCAGCGCCGACGCUGUUUGCAGACGAGGGUAUCACACUGAACGGGAUCAUGCCCAGCACCACAAAGACGAACAUCAUCCCCAAGCCCAUCCUCGAGCAAUGGCCCGAAGACCACUUUACUCCUGUAGAGACCAUCAUACGAGCCUUUGACGAGCUCAUCGAUGUCACUGGACGGGUUGCCCAGGACGGGCUGAGCGAUGGUCAGGACGGACAGGUCAAAAAUGGAUGCUGUGUGGAAGCGUCGACGGAUCGCUUGUUCUACCGUGCCCCGGUCCCGUUUCCGAACGCAGUGCAGGAAUGGGUCGGGGAGCAGUCGAGGCGAGAUGGCAUUCUAGGGACGUUCAUGCAAAAAGCAAUGGACUAUAAGGCGAAUGGGUCUAACUGA